CAUUUAGAUUAAGCCUAUUAUUUAGACAACACGGAUUUUUAAAAGCAUGUAAUUUAGGCAACAUCUUCUUUUAAAAAAAACUUUUUGCAAUGUCUUGAUGUUAGCAGCCAUAGCAGUUUAUAAGUAGUUCUCUUAGAUGAUGCACAUUAAAUAUCUGAGUAGCAGUAAAAAAUACAGACUUCAUAAUAUUACUGUUAGGGAGCAACUCUUGAGGAAGGGAGGCUGUUAAGUGUUCUGAGGUCUGGUGAAUUUAUUACUCAUUUAUAAGACUGCAACUUCAUGAACUUUUUCCCUUACCUCACUAGGUUUUCCAUAUUACUCAAGGAUCUUUUUCUGUAAGAAACUUGGGUUGAUCCAAAAAGUAGUAUUUUGGCAGGUCCAGUUUUCCAUAUUACUUUAAUCUAAACCCACUGAACAAUAUUGGCUAAAAUCCAACAGAUACUUUUUGACAGUGGCUGGAUUGUUUCUGUUACGAGAGGAAACAGGUGAGAAAGUGUCUAGACUAGAAAGACCCCAGAAUCUUCCGGCUAGAGAUGCAGGGAAAUUAUAAUCCUGAAAAUUGUUAGGGGUAUGAAAUUUAUGAGUCUUGCAUUUGAGCACCAAGUUUAAUGUAGGUUAAUGUAGGUAGGUUAACUAACACUGGCAGUCUUUCCUAUCUUUAUGUUUCCCUGUGUUUAAUUUUCUUUGUUUCUAGUUUACUGUGUCUCUAAAUAUUGUGUGGCUCUUUCUUAGCUGCCUUUAAUCUCUCUUGGACUAAAGAGAGUAUAAAGACAUAAAGCAGUGAAUUUAACGACAACUCUUAGGUGUUUUGGGUAAUAUGUUACGGAUGAAUGGGCAUUUUUGAUUGCUUAUGUCUGUGUCAAUGUUUUGAUAUUUUUUCAGCUACUCUCAUGUUCAUUUGUCAAGGAUUUGAAAUCAUUUGGAAAUGACCACUCAGUCUGCAUAUGUUACUAAGGUGUGGGAUAAAAUACAACCAUAAAUUUCAAAUUGUGUGUGAUGAAAGAGGUGAGAGUGGGUGAGCUUGCCUCCUUUCUUUGGGUAGCUAUAAAUGACAACAUAUUGAACAUGGGAGAUUUAUUAAAUACUGCAAUUUAAAAUUCUUCUGCUGUAUUACCCACUUAGUAUCGCUACAGAACAAAACAGGAAAAGAGGCAGGAUUUCAGAAAUGACUAAAUGACUAGGAAGAAAAAGGACUUGGCUUCUAAAAUAAAGGAAAGUCAUAUUUUUCCCCUGUGAAAUUUCAGAAGAUGUCUUCAUCUCAUUGAAUGUAUUAAUAUUCAGAUGGAGUUUGGUUGCUUAUGAAAUUGAAUGUUAGGCUUGGGAACAAUUUUUAUGGGAAGUCAGGAAAUCCAGCCAAAUCAUUUAAUUGAAGAUAAUGUUUAGAAGUCCAGGUUUUGCUUAAAGUGUAUCCCUGAAAGCCAAUGUGUUCUGCACUGACUUAGGAACUCAGUGCCAGAAAGCCCUGCCCCACAGAUUUUCAUAACUGUGUCACUUAAUUGCCAUCCACCCUCUCCUUGCCCCAAACUCUUGGGUAUAAUUUGAGAAAUGGCAGAAAUAGCUGUGUAUAUCACAUUUUCUUUAUUUACCAAUAUUUUAGGAAAAUGUUCUUAGGGGACAGUGUCCAAGUAGGAAUUGUGGAAUACUGUGCUCAUGGCAUUAAAAAAAAACCAAAAAACCCAUUUAUAGGGCUGUUACAGGGCUAGCUCAUGUGAGUAACUGUAAAGGCUCUUUCUAAUUUCAGGUGGUUCCCACCUUCAAGUUUACAAGUUAUGCAUUCAGGGGACCUGCAGCAGGACCUCAAAGCAGAACCAUCACAGGACAUUCAAGGGACUCGGGCUAGCCUUGAGAAAAUUUCAUUCUGCCUGUUUACCCACUAAUAUCAGCUGCGCUUUCAAAUAGCUGAGACUAUCUGGGGAUAAAUUAUGAAAUAAAAUGGUAAAGUCAAACCCCAAGAGACUUUUACAGACUUUGUGCCAUAGAUAAAACGUAGGUGUUUAUUUUCUAAUUUAUUUCAGAGAGAAGAGAAAUAUCAAAUGAAGGGGAAAGAAAAAAAACCAAAACAAAACACCAGAAGACAAAAUCUUGCGUUUUACAAACUGACUGAAAUACACAGUGAAGAGUCCAUGAGAACGUUUUACAUGAUGGGAAAUGAGAACUAACUGCAGUGCAAGCCUCAUGAAGGUCUUCUAUAAGCCUGUUAUUGAAGACCUAAGCAUGGAAUUGGCCAGAAAAUGCACGGAACUCAUUAGUGAUAUCCAUUAUAAAGAAGAAUUUAAAAAGUCCAAGGACAAGUGUACAUUUGUGACUGACACUCCUAUGCUAAACCAUGUAAAAAAUAUUGGUGCUUUUAUUUCUGAGGCAAAAUACAAAGGCACCAUUAAAGCGGACCUGUCUAAUUCUCUUUAUAAGCGGAUGCCAGCCACAAUUGACAGUGUUUUUGCGAGAGAAGUUACACAGCUCCAGAGUGAGGUGGCCUAUAAGCAGAAACAUGAUGCCGCUAAAGGAUUAUCGGAUUAUGCCCACAUGAAGGAGCCCCCUGAGGUUAAACACGCCGUGGAGGUCAAUAAACACCAGAGUAAUAUUUCUUACAGGAAAGACGUGCAAGACACCCACAUGUACAAUGCAGAGCUCGACCGACCAGACAUCAAGAUGGCAACCCAGAUCUCUAAGAUAAUAAGCAAUGCAGAAUACAAGAAAGGACAAGGAAUGAUGAAUAAAGAGCCUGCUGUAAUUGGAAGACCAGAUUUUGAACAUGCCGUAGAAGCUUCUAAACUUUCUAGUCAAAUUAAAUACAAAGAAAAAUUUGAAAAUGAAAUGAAGGAUAAGAAACAUCAUUACAAUCCUCUUGAAAGUGCUUCUUUUAGGCAGAAUCAGCUUGCUGCUACAUUGGCAAGCAAUGUGAAAUAUAAGAAAGACAUUCAAAAUAUGCAUGAUCCAGUUUCAGAUCUCCCAAAUUUGUUGUUUUUGGACCAUGUUUUGAAAGCCAGCAAAAUGCUCAGUGGUCGAGAAUAUAAAAAACUCUUUGAGGAAAACAAAGGAAUGUAUCAUUUUGAUGCCGAUGCUGUGGAUCACCUGCACCAUAAAUGCAAUGCCAUCCUCCAAAGUCAGGUUAAAUACAAAGAAGAAUAUGAGAAAAAUAAGGGAAAGCCAAUGCUUGAAUUUGUUGAGACACCAUCCUAUCAAGCUUCAAAGGAAGCUCAAAAGAUGCAAAGUGAAAAAGUUUAUAAAGAGGAUUUUGAGAAGGAGAUUAAAGGAAGAUCCUCACUGGAUUUAGACAAGACUCCAGAAUUUUUACAUGUAAAGUACAUCACCAGCCUUCUGAGGGAGAAAGAAUAUAAAAAAGAUUUGGAAAAUGAAAUAAAAGGGAAAGGAAUGGAACUUAAUUCAGAAGUUCUUGACAUCCAAAGAGCAAAGCGAGCCUCUGAAAUGGUGAGUGAGAAAGACUAUAAAAGAGAUCUGGAGACUCAAAUUAAAGGCAAAGGGAUGCAGGUGAGCACAGACACUCUUGAUGUCCAGAGAGCUAAGAAAGCAUCCGAGAUGGCCAGCCAGAAACAAUACAAAAAGGACUUAGAAAAUGAAAUUAAAGGGAAAGGAAUGCAAGUGAGCAUGGAUAUCCCAGAUAUCCUUCGAGCCAAGAGGACAUCUGAAAUCUAUAGCCAGAGAAAGUAUAAAGAUGAAGCAGAGAAGAUGCUUUCUCACUAUUCUACAGUAGCAGAUACUCCUGAAAUUCAGAGAAUUAAGACAACUCAACAGAACAUUAGUGCAGUAUUUUAUAAGAAAGAAGUAGGAGCUGGCACUGCAGUAAAAGAUACCCCAGAGAUUGAACGAGUGAAGAAAAAUCAGCAGAAUAUUAGUUCAGUGAAAUACAAAGAAGAGAUUAAACAUGCAACAGCCAUUUCUGAUCCUCCAGAACUAAAGAGAGUCAAAGAAAACCAGAAGAACAUCAGCAAUCUCCAGUAUAAAGAGCAAAACUACAAGGCCACUCCAGUAAGCAUGACCCCAGAGAUAGGGAGAGUGCGGCGGAACCAGGAGCAGCUGAGUGCGGUAAAGUACAAGGGAGAACUUCAACGGGGAACUGCAAUUUCUGAUCCACCAGAGCUGAAGAGGGCGAAAGAAAACCAGAAAAACAUCAGCAAUGUUUAUUACAAAGGUCAGCUGGGAAGAGCUACUGCUUUAAGUGUAACCCCUGAAAUGGAAAGAGUGAAGAAGAAUCAAGAAAAUAUUAGCUCGGUAAAAUAUACCCAGGACCAUAAACAGAUGAAAGGUAGACCAAGUCAGAUUUUAGAUACACCUGCCAUGAGACAUGUUAAGGAAGCACAAAAUCGUAUUUCAAUGGUAAAAUACCAUGAAGAUUUUGAAAAGACAAAGGGAAGAGGCUUUACUCCUGUUGUGGACGAUCCUGUGACGGAGAGAGUGAGGAAGAACACGCAGGUGGUCAGUGAUGCUGCCUAUAAGGGGGUCCACCCUCACAUCGUGGAGAUGGACAGGAGACCUGGAAUCAUUGUUGACCUCAAAGUUUGGCGCACAGACCCUGGCUCCAUCUUCGACCUUGAUCCCCUGGAAGACAAUAUUCAGUCUAGAAGUCUACAUAUGCUCUCUGAAAAGGCAAGUCACUGUAGGCGACAUUGGUCUCGAUCUCAUUCCAGCAGUACUUUUGGUACAGGUCUGGGAGACGACAGGUCAGAAGUCUCCGAGAUUUACCCUAGCUUUUCAUGCUGCAGUGAAAUAACACGACCGUCUGAUGAAGGAGCGCCUGUUCUUCCUGGAGCCUAUCAGCAAAGCCAUUCCCAAGGCUAUGGCUACAUGCACCAGACCAGUGUGUCAUCCAUGAGAUCAAUGCAGCAUUCACCAAAUCUAAGGACCUACCGAGCCAUGUACGAUUACAGUGCCCAGGAUGAAGAUGAGGUCUCCUUCAGAGACGGCGACUACAUUGUUAAUGUGCAGCCCAUUGAUGAUGGCUGGAUGUAUGGCACAGUGCAGAGAACAGGGAGAACAGGAAUGCUCCCAGCGAAUUACAUUGAGUUUGUUAAUUAAUUAUUUUUCCUUGCCCUUUGAGCUUUAUUCUAAUGUAUUCUAAACCUAACCUUUUUAAAAGAUAGAAGAUACUUUUAAGACAACUUGGCCAUUAUUUUACAAUGAUGUAUCCUUCCUUUGACAAUUAGACACACAGGUACCAGGAAGAAGGAAUGACCUCUGGGCUGAAAACAGCAGCAUUUUCAGUAAUUGCUACAAACAAAAAUCAUUGUAUCUGGAGACCUGGUGCUGCUAAUUGUGUUAGUGGUUUCCUUUGAUUGGCUAUUGAACCCUUCUGGGAAAUGUAUUUUUGUAGACUUUAAUAGAGAUGUUGAUUGUCCCUUAAAUGUAGCGUGUAUAUGAAACUUCUUAGCUGUCACUUUGGAAUCACCAGAAGCCAAUUCUCUUAACUCAGUAAUGCAGCCAAUAAUGUAAAACCCGUUUUGCUUUUGAGUCAUGAGGCAAUUUCCAAUAUUAGUGAAAAUUGCCCAAUAUAACAAAUGUAAACAGUGGCAGAAGGACAGUCUGGUUAAAAUUAUGUUGACUGGUUAUCUUAGGGAUCUAGAAACUUCUACUAAACAGAAAUUUUCUCAUUCCCUAGGCUGACUGGGGUCUAUUUAUUUCUCAUUUGUACCAAGGUAUCUCCUACUUUCCAUGUAUAUUCUAUGGACUCAAGUCUAUGCUCAGUUCCACAGAAUGUCAGGACCAAAUAACUUCACAGCUACUCUGCAAAGGGCAAAUUAUAAUGUCAUUGAUAUAAUUUCCCUAGUAGCGUUUACCCUGUUGCAUGUCAUGUAGAUUCAAGCUUCUGUAACAUAGGCAGCUGCACUGCCCGUUCCUAUUAUUGAAGCAAAAAGGGUGACUGAUAAAAGCCCUUUCUUCCUCUAGUUACCAGCUCAAGAGAAAAACAUACUUGGAAAAGUUGCUUGAGAUUUCCCUGCUGCAUUGCACUCUAGUUAUGAAGGAUUUACACCUUAGGAAAUAUCAUGUAUACUCUAGUAAAUAAGCGAUUUAGGUGUUCCAUUGAACAGCUUUCAUUAACUUAAUGCCACCACUGAUUUCAAACUGAAGAAAAUGUAACAGGAGCCAAUGAAGCAAUGGAAGCUGGAGUGUGACUGGAAAAAUACCCAGCAGACAGUUGCCAGUUCCAAACAGAGAAGAUCUGGUGUCUUCUUUUGGAAAAUGGUAUUCAAAUUCUGGAAUGGAAAUCUAGCCACUGAAAGUGGUUAAUCAAAAGAUGUCCUUUCCCGUUUUCUGGCUUUUAUUUUCUAAAUCACCUUCAAGGGAAUGAAACAAGAAUGUCAUCAGAGAUUUUUCAGUACCAGCCCAAGAGGCUGUUUUCUAAGAAAGAAAUUGUUGUCGUGUUUUGAUUUUCGAAUAAGUGACUUUGCAGGCUUUUGCUGGAUUCACAGCCACCAGUGCAGCCCUUGCUGAUGGGUCUUGAAAUUUCCUCCAGAGCCUGCAGUCAAGGCCAUUGAGCUACUGGUGCCCAUCAGCCAUCCAGUGUUUUUCUGAUUAUACCCUUUAUUGUGACCUGCAACAGGGUAGCAUUCAUUUAGGGUCUGACUUCACAGUUAAGAUAAAACUGAAAAAGAAAAAUUGCAAAAAUGUACUAACAUAUAUGGGUCUUGGGGAUAUCUGCCUUAUAUGUUACGUUUAAGGAAAUUAACAAAACGUCCUGCAAACAUCUUUUAAGGAAAUGUUUACUAGUCCAAAGGCCACAGCUAAUUUAUUUACACUUUAGGAAAGUUAGCACAUGCUUUUGAAAAUCUGUGAUUUCAUUUUGUGAGGCUAAAAGAGCAAAUAAGCUUUAUUACACUGAAGCUGCUUCUAUAUGCCACUGACAUAAAGUUUAAAAAAUAAAUUCAGGCAAAUAACUACAGACUUCUUUUAAGGGGGUUUUGCAGGUUACCAGAUAACCAGCUUGACUGAUUUCCCCUCAUUGAAAUGGCCAGUCGCAAUUAAAGUGAUAAAACCCCAUAUCUGUUUUCGUAUAUUAUACACAAACCUACAAAGAUAAGCUGAACUUGCAAUAUUUUUUGCAAAAAAGCUGUCAUUAAAGCUGAGGAUAAAACAUCUGCUCAAUUUUAUUUUACUAAGUUUAUAUUUACAUUUCACCCAGGCAGGCCAUCUUUUUGUGAUUAUAAAAAAAGAACAGUUGAUUAAAUUUUUAGACUAAAUGUAGGACAGGUACAAUUUUAGAUAAAUAGCACAUCUAUAGGAAGCACAAUGAAAACUGACUUGAAAUAAUGCUUGUAAUCAAGAAAGUAGUUUCAUCCACUGGCUUCAAAACCAGAUUCACUGAAUAUAAAAGUAAAUACUUAUCUGAGGAAUAAGUCUCUUAAAAUUUUAAGCUUCACGUAAUAAUGUUUGCAUAGCAAGAUAUUUCUGCUUCAAGCCUUUAGGAAUUAAGAUCUGAUCAGAAUUUAACUAGAGGGUAGUUAUUUUACAAUGAAGACUAAAGCUGAACAAGACGUUGCAUGCUCAUGAGGCCAUAAUUUGGUAGUGUUGGCAAUUGUUAAUAAAGUGUGUCAGGAUAUUAAGCAUCUCAGGAGAAAUAUUGGAAAAAUGUAUGUAUAAAACCAAAGUGCUAUUUUUAAAAGCAUCAUUUAAAAAAAUUACAUGCUUGAGCAACUUUUCCACUUUUCAUGUGCUUCCCUCCCACCUUCAAUUUGGCAACAGGUAUCUCGUGCAUAAAGCUGACAGCUAAAGAAGAUUUUUAAAUAUUGAGUUAAAGAUGACUGUGUAAACACCCAAGCACAGAGAGCAUGCACCUGCCUUUCUAAGUUCGAUGUGUUCUCAAGCCUGACAGAAGCACAAGGAACAGUUUGAUACACUUUUAAAAGGUUCUGAAAACAAAAUUAUAUUCUCUCUUGUGCAAAGUAUAGCAACAGAAUAUAUUGCUUUUGUGUAAGCUUUUGUAGUAUACAUUUUUACUAAUAAUUCUUGUUCUCUAGAAAGCUUUCUAUUUCUAACCUAUGGCAAAAUGAAUCCUUCAUGUCUUCUUGUUAUUGUUUACACACUUGCAGUGUAGUUCAGUGUGAAAUAUUUAUAUGCUUGUCAGAUAUCCAUGAAGGAGGCUGUUGAUAAUCCCAGGUCUCCCCGACAUCCACAGACCACACAGGCAUUUGUAAGCACAGUUUCCACAAGCACCUUGUAGGAAUAUGGAUGAGAUUAGAAGAUGAUUAGACCAGCCCUUCUCUGGCCACUGGGCUCAUUUCUUGAAGAAGAUGCAGAUCUGGUUUUUCCAGUGUGCCACAGUCUUUCCUUAUCUCUGUGCUGAGCUUGACAACAUUCUGGGAAUGAGGAACAAGACUUCUAAAAGGAUAGUGGAAGUUCAAAGGGUGUACCUCCUUUUCAGGUUCAUCGAUCUCCAGUGGAAUGUUUUCAAUGAAAAGAUGAAGAAAACGUGUGUAAUCUUUAAUAACACAUCCCUAUAGAAAGUGGAUAAAAUGUAUACCAAAAUUAUAAUACAGAUAUAUACAAAUAUAGGUGCCUUUUUGAUUACUCUUCUUUAUCUAGUAUGGUCUUGGAAAGAAAACCAAGCAAGCAAGUUGCUGCCUAUUCUAUAGUAAUAUUUUAUUACACAUGAUUGAUAUUUUUGUGGUAGGGAAGUGGGAUGCUCCUGACAUAUUUAAGGUGUUAGCUGAUUGUAUUUUAUCUCUAAAGGUUUAGGACUUUAGAAAAUGCUAACUUCUUCCAUCUAUUUCUGAAAGGUUCUUUGUGGAUUUAUAGAGUUGAGCUAUAUAAACAUUAACUUUAGAUUUGGGAUUUAAAAUACCUAUUGUAAAAUAGAAUAAUUAUGAGGCUGGAUUCACUACAUAAGAUGAACUUCACUUCAUAAAUUAAUUAUACCUUUGUGAUUUGCUUCUGAUAAUCUGAAAGUGGCUAGAUUGUGGUUGUUUUGAGUGAUGUGAUAUGGAGGUGGGAGAGCUUUUAGUUAAGUAAGAAGCUAUGUAAACUAAAAAGGAAGUUAAAAUAAAAGUCUCUUUCUGAAGUAUUCCAUGCCUUUUGGACCUUUUCAGGCAACUAACUGUCAACUAUUGAUCAAAAAAGUCAAGGCAUUGUAUGUUGCUUCUGUGGUCAUUAUUCCAUGAUGCUUAGACUACUUGAAUCCAUAAACUUGGAAGAAUCUUGGAGCAAAUUUUCUCAAUUGUCUGUAUUACUUCAUUAUAUUCAUGGGAAUUCCAUAGGAUUUUUGUGUUUGAUAUAUGGUAUCCAGUUUGCAUAGUAUCUACUUCUUUGUAAUCCGUUUGCUGUUAAGAAUGAUGUACUUUAAAGAAAAAGAGAAAACUGCAUCACAGUCCCAUUCUCCAGUGUCCAUGCAGUGAAUUGCUGAGCAUUUGGGAAGCAGCACCAAAUGUAUUACAGACGUGAUGUGAAACUCUUGAUCUUUGUUCUGUGAUCGAAACUGAACCAUUGUGGAGUUUGGCUUCUAUUUGCUUCAAAAUAAGUAGAAUUUUGUUUGACGAUUAAUUUGCAAGACUAGCUUUGAGAGUGUAACAGUUUUGAAGAAAACAUGGAGUGUUUUUCAAAUGAAGGGGCUUACGGAAUGUGACAAUGUUAUUAAUUCGGCUUCUGUUAUGCAAAUUGUUAACACCAGCUAUUAAACUAUAUUUUAGUAGAAAUGCUUUAAUUCAUAUUUUUUUCCUCUACACUGUGAAUCUUUAAGCCUUGGUGGACUAGAGCAACAUCGUGCUGCCCAAAGGACUAACCUAUGCAACCUAGUUCACAUUUUAGUGGAUGUCGCAGUUAAUAUGUAAUGAUUUCCCCUGCUUAAUGUACAGCAGCAUUGAAAUGACACAUUAAGCCUAGCAUCACAUUGUAUAGUAUAGUCACUCACAAACCCUUCAAGGCUACACUAAUCAUUAAAGUAAUAUUUGUUUGAAAGCAAAUCACUGAUUUAUCUAUUGCAUCUUGAAUGAUGGCAAACCAGGAACAAUAGAUGGGUGUGUCAGCCGUGGCUCUCAUGUGUUCCCUGCAAGUGGUCUCCUAUGAUAGAACUGCGUCCUCAAAUGCACUCUCUUCAGGGUCUUGAUAUUCUGUGUCUUCUCUCUGUGUUUGUAAAACAUUAUAACACAUUAAUUUCCUAUCUCUACACAUUUGGUUUGCUUAAAUAAAUGCGGGAUAUAAAAAAUGGUUCUACUUCUUGGCUCUCACCGUGGUUUCUUGGAGCAUGGGUUGUUAGAUGCAACGAAUGUACCCUAAUAAUACCCCAGGUCUGAGGUUUAACAUGACAACUCACAUCGAAUCACAUCAGAGGUGUGUGCUGGCUUCAGUGCAUUUAUAUUGGUGAAUCAUUCAAGAUAUUUUCUCCCCCAAAUAAAUGUAGUUGUAAGUGAUAACAGUAUUAUGCUUUUCCAAGCUCAGUAUCUUUCUGAUUUUAUAUCAAAGUACUGUAAUAAGGCAUCAUUAUAGUUAACUUCUUUCAAGAACAAAUUCCUCUUAUAUCCUCAAUAGUACAAUUCUAAUUUUCUUAUAUUCGUAAGAUGAAAGAAAUGGCUUGGAGCAUAGAAUUGAAAGUGCACAAAUUAAGUACAUAAAAUGGGAAGGAACUCUGAUUUCUCAGCUAAGAAAGGCUCAUUUAUCAUAGAACACAAUUACUUUUUCUCCCCCUACGCUUCCCAUAAUCGAAAAAGUGAGUCCCUAUUUUUCACUUUCAUGUAAAUCUGUGUGAUUUGGAUGCUAGUCUUAUUGUAUUAUUUUGUGAAAGUUUCUCUUUGGCUCAUAAUCCUUCCUAAUUGUAAACUGAUAAACUUUGCAGAUGACAUCUGCUCAUAGAAUAAACUCUUCUUCCAAAUCUUGAA